CAUUAUAUAUUACAAUUACUUUUUUAUUGAUCAUAUGAUUACAUACUUGUGAAAAAACGAAAUCUUUAUUAUAUAGUGGCAUGUAAUAAUUACGUGUCCUCUAAAAGUCCUAACAAAAAUAUUUUAAACCUGGAAGACUAUGGACAUGUAAUGUAAUUUCCAUAUUUAUUAAUGUUGGUUCAAGUAACACAGGAAUUUCCAUAUUGGGCUUGAAAUCAAGCCAGUUUUGUUAAAUAGUUUGACUGAUUUUAGAACUUCUGUUUAUGCCUACAAAGGGGCUUACUUUAUAGUAGUCUCUAAAAGCUGUCACAGUCACACUAUGGUGGUGACAGGUUAAUACCUGUCAGUCAAACUAUUUAACAAAACUGGCUUGAUUUCCUACCCCUGAUAAGGGAAAUAAAACCUGCCUCAAUAAGAAGGAGCAUUUAAAAACAUGUAAUAACAGUAGGCUACUGUCUAAUACUAAAGUCUCAACCAACAGGUGGUAAAAAAGGUAGUCUACUCUACUACAAUACACAAUGAAUAACUGCUCACAGUUGGAAUACAUAGUGAAAAGUGAAUAGCUGAUAUCGCAAAGACAGAUCCACAUCACGUGGGAAAACCUCGAACAUCAUAUGGUACAUUACCACAAAAAGCUGCCCUGUUCAACAGAUACCCACAGAACAUGCGAAGAACAUUCCUCUGAGGAGGAGUAAAGUAUUCUCUCAUAUUCGACCGCUUUGAACAAUAUUUGUGUUGGUUUCAUAAGACAAAAUCAGGUACAGUAGCAGGUACAGAGGACACGCCCAUUUAUAGUUUCAUUCCUGAGCUCCAACUCUUUAGAUUGUAUUAUCAAAGCAGAAUAUUUAACUGUAUAUAUCAGUUUAAUAAACAGAAGUUUCUACAUUUCACAGUGAAUAUGAAACCUUGUUGACUCGAGACUUUCGCGGGUCGCUCACCACAUCCAGGAAGUGUGGCACACUAAGGAACUGCUCGAGACUCUUCGCUAGAAAAUUGCAAGACGCAUGAUUUAAAAGGUGUAAUCUUUGACAUAAGUUCACGUUCCCCGAGCUUUUAUAUACGCCACGCGGCAGGAUUUCCGUCUACUGAAACGACACGAUGAACCGAGAGAGAUCAUCUGACGUCUGAAUGGAAGUGACAGACUUUGAAGAGGAGCCUGAGUUACUGCCCAUUUAAAACUGUGAUGGCUUCCACACACGAGAUACUCCACAAUUCAGGACUAGAGCAGAAGCAGACAGUGAAGGGCCGUCUGCUGUCUUCACAGAUGCUGCUGGUGGAUGGUCUGUAUCACCUCGGCCCACUGCUUGACUGUGUAAUAUCCAUAGGGCUGCUCUCUAGAGAAAACUGUUACGAGAUUGAAGCAGAGCGAACGCCCCCCAAUAAAGCCCGAAAACUUCUAGAGAUCGUUGACGCUCAGAUGGAUGAAAGUGGUGCCUCCAGAUUCAUGGAGUGUCUGAGAAAAUGCCAGAAACAUUACCCACGUCUACGAACCUGGCUGACUUCAGAAGAAAAUCAACCCGCACCAGUUUGUAUUCAGCAAGGUCCAACAGAACGUCAUGUUCAGGCCCGGUUUGGUGUUCUGUCCUCACGCCUGGGCUGUUCUGCUCUGCCGGUCUCAUAUGAUCUUUUCUCCAGUGGCAUUUUGACUCAGCUGGAGCUAGAGAAAAUCGAAGCAAUACUCAUCCCAACCCAGCAAGCACAAACCCUGCUGUCUAUCUGUCUGAAGAAAGGAGAAAGAGCGUGCAAGAGCUUUUACGCAGCCCUACAAAAUGAGGACAAGCAGCUGGCUGAGGAACUUAAUGUAAACAGUGUGGUGGAAGACCAUAAUAAAGAGACUGAAGGCAGCAUCGUGCAGAUAGCAGUGGAGGAAACCAGAGGUCACUUGAGGGCAGCUUUACCUCUUUCAGGUGGCCUGCAGCAGGUCAUGGCUCACCUAGGGUUGACUGAGGACGUUGAGAUCAGAUUUAACGUGUGUGAGGUGGGUGUGGCGAUGGGUUUGCCGCGUCGGACGGUCAGAGAGUAUCUUCUGGAAGGGGUCAGCAUAGAAGACUCCGCUCAGCUGGAGGCUCUGGUGUCCCUCUAUAUGGAGAAGACAAAAGAUAAAGACAGGCUAUUGAGCAGAGUGGCAGAACUCAGCCCUCAGUGGGUCCAACUCUCUGAGAGGGGCUGUCUGCUGCUGAGGCUGCUGCAACAGGCCGAGACCCUCCUCCGCAGCGGGAUCCACAGCCACCUGCACAGCUGGGAUCACCUGCAUGACCAGGACCACUUGCGCAGCUGGGACCACCUGUGUCCUGAUGACAGCACGGAUCAGCGGACAGUGUGGGCCAUCUUCAGCUUUCUGAUAUGGGACUGCAUGGCAGAAGUUCUGGAGGAGCCCGAGGCCAAGCCAAGCGGAGGAAUCCUGGGAAUGAUGGAGCAGCUGAGCGCCAGCGGCCGGAUCGAAGGCCCUCUUCUGCAGGAGAUCGAGCAGUGCUGGACUGAAGGAGACGCUGAGAGUCUCCUGCAGAGCGUUCGAGUGCUCGCUCAGGUGCUGAAGGACCUGCAUCCCCAUCAGGAAGGCCUCCAGCUGUCCUCUUCAGUGGAAGGCUUGUUUUCCUGCAGGCCAAGCAGGCUGCACCGGGUCACUUCCUUCCAGGGCGUGUCUUCACGGGUCAUCCGGAAAGCUCUGAGCAGCAUGGUUCCAUCCACCUCGGACCAUGAUGCAACUCUUUUAGCAAGACAGUAUUUGGAGGCGUGUGUUCGUAUUGCACGCCUUUUAGAAGUUGUGCAGCCCACGAGAACCACUAUUGAUUUCUCAAACGCCAAAGUUGCUGCAGUAACCCAGCAUGUUCGGUUUGUUCUGUCAAAUCCUGCUUUUAACUCGGAGUCCUUCGAUGCUGGAAUCCGACAUCGUUUGCUUUCAGUGUUGGAGUUCAAUCCUGCCAAUCUAGGCAUAGGCUCUCUCAUGCAGCUGCACCAGGAGACCCUUUCCGACUUGCAGAGCUACCUACAACUCGGCGAGCAUCACAACUUUCAGUUUAUUCUCGAAUCAGUGAGGAUAAUUGGUCCCGCGAAGCUUUUUUCUGCGAGUAGGGUUCAUGGGCCUGUCGCUAUCGAUAAUGGGGUGGAAGAAAUCCUUCGCUUCAUCACUUCAGAACCUACCUCAUUUUUAGUUCGACUGCAUUGUCUUUGUUAUGAAGAGGGGAGGGGGCGUUUUAAGGUGUGUGUGCCACGUUGUGCGUGUAUAUAUUUGCUCAAAGCUGAAGGUCUGCGGGAUAUGCAGUGGUGCGGAGGGGAUGUUCUGGUGGAGGUCGGUGGGAAAGUGUGGGUGAGAGAGGGGGAAGGUGUGGGCUGGGAUGAGCUGCAGGCUCUAGCUCAGAGACACUGCGCUCAGAUUAAGGAUGACGGCUGCUGCUUUAAGGUCAAGAGCGUUGGGUUGGAGUGUGAGGUCAAGUUUAUAUACAGGAGUGGAAGGCUGUGGGCUGAGCCGCAUAGAGAUUGUGAAGUGGAUUGAAAAUACGAGUAGCUUAACAUUGCAGCGGGCCGCAGCUUGAUAUUUAAUAGUAUUUGAAUAAACAUUUUUGAAAUUUUUAAAGAUUAAAAAUGUAUUUUUAAGGAUUUAGGUAAAAUAUUACAAAUAUUGAAAUUUAAAAACUGUGAAAAAAACCUUUCUAUUUUAACAGGUGCAGGAAUAGGCUGGGAUUUCUAAAUCUCUUUAAGAGUCUGGGAUUUAGCGUUUGCUUUCUACAGUCAUCAUUAAUUGUUUGUGCUUUUUGCAUUAUUUUAAGCUUUAUAUUGCCAGUGUGUCUCAAUCCUUCAGCACCAAGGCAAUAGCCAAGAGAGAGCUGCAGCUUUUACCUGUCAGUGGGUGCCAAAUGGCUCCUAUAUAGCUGAAAGUGAAAUCGUGAGUUAUUGGUUUAAAUUUCAACAGAUUUUUGAUUUUACUUGAACUCAAACAGUGUCCUGUUAAAGGUGUUGAUGCUAAACAGUUUUUUAAAAACAUGUUUAUUAUUCUAUUGUCAAACUAUCGAAAUGUCUAUAUCUAUAAAGUUCAGAAACAUGGCUGUGAUGGCAUUUUAUCAAGUAAUCCUAAUAGUUGGUUUUGCUUCGCACCAUAUUUUCAUAGAUGUGAAAGCUGUAACAAUGACGUCUUCAUGGUUGCAUUUUAGUCUUUUGCCAUAAACUAGAUGCAAUUUUGAUAUCCAUGCUUUUUCCCCACAGAUAAUGUUUUGGGCUUAUUAGGGGGUUUUGCACUAAAGGAAUUUUUUUCAUUGUUCUUAGAACUGUUAGAAGUACCCAGAUGAAUUUUGCAUGUUUGUGCCACAAGAACGAUGAACAAUUGUAGUACUAGGUUUGUCAUGUGGGGGAACUGAAUUAGCUCCUACUUCAGAUUAUGUCUAAUCCAGCACAAUAGGUACUAACGGUGACUAAAUGUACGAUGGUCCACUCAAAACACUGGCACAGUAUUUUAAGGUGUUAUAAGACAUACAGAUUCAAAAUGCUAACGGUAGCAGCAUAUUUGUCACAGGUGCUUUAGUGUUUUUUUUUUUGUUUCAAUAGCAUAACAUUUAUGUCUACAUUCAAUCAUCUCUAUUAGCUUGAAACACAAAAGGACAUAAAGCUUUGAUCAUGGUGUCUAUAUUCUAGCUGUCAGUUGGCUUAUAUCAGUUCCAAUGAGGCAUGGGCCAGUAUAAGAUUCUGAUGGUAUGAUAACCUUGGAUAAAAAUAUCAUGGUUUCACGGUAUUGUGAUUGCAGAAAAUUUUGGCGAUUUUAAAACCCUGACUUUUCCAAACCGCGUAUACCUUGAACACGGUUAUCAUCCCAUGCCUAGUUCCGAUUAGUAGUGCUUAUUCAUCUGAAGCAGAGACUAAAUUUAUCAUACCUCUGUGCAAUUUCAAAGGUAAAGUCAUGAAAUUUGCACCAUCUGAAGAAUUUCUAGAGUCCCUUAAGAAUUUUCUCUCCAACAGAAACGCUGCUUGGUUAAAAGUGACUUCGGCAUGAGCAGUUUUAAGUAACAUAUCUAAAAAUAACAUAUCUAAACAACUAUGAACCAAAUUGUGCACAAAAUGUUUCUGAAAUGUCAUGGUCAUGUAUAUCUAUAGCAAGUGGUAGAUUCCAUAUACAUUUCAAAGGAAAAUCUGAAAAUUCAGAAUCUUCCAUCAGAUCAUAGUGCUAAUGAAACACAGCAGGUUUCAUUUAUUUAGGAAAAUAUAGAACCAAGAUAGAGCAUUUAAUAUAACUUGGGGUAGAGGUCUGCAAUCCUGCGGCUGUCCCGCGGGCGCCGCGGGACCAGACCAGAUUUUUGCGGCACGGGUAUAAAUUUCCGAAUAAAUCGCGGGAGCAGUCGGUAACGGGUUUAAUUUGGGAUGGGAGCGGGCUGUCUAGCAAUAUCGCUCCAGACUCG